UUUACAAUAAGAAACAUGUUAUGCAGUGUUUCCAACUGCAUACCAGCAGUGAUGCCAUUAAAAAUGCUCUAUUUUUAUGAUUUUAACCCUCCCCCCUCUAGCUGUCCAUCCACAAGAGGGAACAUUCCCCUUACUGACCAACGCGUUGCUUUAAACUUAUUAUUGGAGUUAUCGAUCCAACGUGGUCGACUUGGUGGCUUACUUGAUGUCAUCGCGUAUCUUCUUAAUCUAUGGGAAUCAAAGAUGCUUCCGGAUAACAGGAGAAACAUGCAAAGUAUAAACGCUCCACUCUCCAUAUUCCUACAACGAGUCACUUCGCUUACGGUUGAUAAAUUGUUUCCUCUGGAACAAAACAUUGAACACAAGGUUGGUUUGGAUGGUUUGUCGGUCUCUGCUUCAACUGAUGAUGAUGCAAUGAUAGAUAUCCAGCAAACCAGUGUGAUGGUGAUGGAGCAUCUUGGUAAACUUGCCAAUCAAGUAUUGUAUUCAAAGCUUAACCCACCAUCCACACCAAGUGAUAAUGCAUUGGAUGUUAUGGUUUUAAACAGCAGUGGUGGGAGUGACAUCUGUGAUUGCUUGUCUACACUUAAUGUAAAGCAAGUAGCAAGCGGUCGUGAGUAUGUGAUACUACUUAGCCACACUGGGAAGGUGUAUAGGGCUGUGGAAACCACGGGAUCCACACAAUGGUUGGUGGAACUUCUAACUGAAGAAGACAACACGGAGGUUUAUGUUAAAGUUACUUCACAUCCUGAUGGUGAACAUGUGUUGGCUCUAACUAACGAUGGUGAUGUUUAUUCAUGUGGAUUGAAUGAAGGAGGAAGACUUGGGCAUGGUGGAGAUGCUAAUGUUGCGAAACUUAAACAAAUCACAGCGUUUGGACGAGUAGCAGGUCGUAUAGUGGUUGAAGUGGCGUGUGGUGGAAACUACUCCGCUGCUAUUACUGUGAAAGGUGAGUUAUAUACAUGGGGUUGCGGGAACUAUGGUAGGCUUGGUCAUAACAAUAGUGAGGAUCAGAUGGUUCCCACACGAGUGCUUGGGUUACAAAGUGUUCAUGUGAAGAAGGUGGCGUGUGGUACAUUGGAUGCACAUACCAUGGCUUUGUCGGAUACAGGAGAGGUAUGGUCGUGGGGAGAUGGGGACCAUGGUAAACUUGGUUUAGGAGCAGUGGAUGGAGUCAAGACACCUCAGUUGGUUAAACCACUUUGUAAUAAGGGGGUUGUUAAAAUACAUUGUGGGACUUUGUUCUCUGCUGCUGUUACUGCAAGUGGGAAUGUAUAUGCAUGGGGUAAGAUGACAAACAACGUUCAACAUUCAGACUUCCAAUGGAAUGAACCAAAGUUGUUGGCACAGUUGCAGAAUAUAAGGGAUGUCACUUCGGUUGGGGAUAAGAUCUACUUCACCACAGACUCUGGAAAAGUUUUGUCGUCAAACUUUGUAGCAGACCUUAGUGUUGGGAAGAAGAAAGUUAAAUUGUUGUUUAGUAAAGCAGAUGGUGAACUAAAAGACUUCACAGCUGGCCCGACAAAUCAGUUUGUUCUUUGUAAAAAAUCCCCUACAUCGAGACACAUUCCCAUAGAAAUACCAUUUGUUGUUGAUAUUUCGCUUCCUGCAUUCAAAGGAUUAGAAAAUAUUCUAGAAAAGGUAUAUGGAAACACUGAACAUUUAUGGACAAGUAAUGUAAAAGAAACUGUUGUUACAUCGUGUAUGAAGUUACUGGAGUUACAACUACAAGCAUUACUGUGUAAUGAACACCACAGUAACACUCAACUAAUGAAGUCAGACUCUAUGGUGAAAAUUAAAUCCAAAGUUGUUCAUCUAGCAAGUAGACCAGAUGUGAACAAAAGAGUCCAAGAAUCUGCUCAGCAAUGCCUCAAAGUUGGCUGGCGGAUGUUGCUACCCACUGUAGAGGAAAGGGCCGCAGUUUUGUUAUUUCUAUUAAAGUCGCCCCAUAGCACCUCCACUGGCCAAAUGUUCAUGAUGGACUUAUUAGUAGAAAGCUUGGUAUCGGACAAUAAUCUUGAGAAGUUUCUGGAAAGUUCGAUCCAAGAAGAAGCGGAAAUCCUUCAUAGUAAAAAAGAAGAGUUGGAGAAAGAAUCAGAUGAACAAGAACUUAAAGAGAGGAUGAUUGACAGGGUCACCAUGAGGUCACAGGUCGCACAAAGUUCAAAUGUCAUUGGAUCAGAUUUUAGUAAAGAAAAAGUUUCUUUGAUUCAAUUGACAGAGAAACUGAUCCUCAGUGUUAGAAGUGACACCAUGGAAAGUUUAUCCAACCUAACUAAAGUAAAGAAUCCUUCCAAGCCACCAACCAAGCCCGCCCAUGGUGGGGGUAGGAGUGUGGUAUUGAUGAAAAUACUACGACAGUUUCAAACACUUAUAUUCGCCAAAGUCUUGCACGAACCUUGUGCAUCCGCAUCUGGAGCAUUCUCACUGCUCGUCAAACAUGUUGCUCUUGUCUGCCACCAUGUGAUGGAGGUGGUUCCCAUGGCGAUUAGUCUCAUGUCAGCCACCAACAGUCAUGAUUGCUACAUCACUAUCAUGGACAUUUUAAAAAACGACAUCUUUGGACAUUUGUUUUCACCACUGAUUCUAUCUUUGCUUCUACUUGAAAAACGUGGAUUACUCGGCAAGUUGUUUGAACACGAACCAAGCUCAACAACCAUCAAACAACUUCAACAUUUGUUGGAUUUAUUGGAUAAUUUCAACAGAACAACAAAAACAACAACAACAACAACCAAUGAACUGAGUUGGCCGUAUGAACGACAUAAUCAAUCAACAAAUCAAAAGCCUGACACCUCAGCCACACCAUUAGAUGAGACAACCCCAUAUAAUGAUACACCAGGUACAUGGUGUAUGGAGGAUGGGGUGGGUCAUAAAGCAAGCAAUACUGAUGCUGAGAAGAAUGGAGAGGAAUGUGGGGAGUAUAGUGAAGAAGAACAACUAAGUGAGGGUGAUUUCCCUGCCACCCCCAUGGGUAAACCAUCCACCCAAGCCACCCCAGUAUUAGGCCCCCCUACCCCACCCAAUAAACAACCCACUUUACCACUAUCUAUGUUGAACACAGAACACAUGCUAGCAAUGCUGUUGUCCCAAUAUUAUGGUUCCAUCCAGAAAAUCCACCACGCUCAAACGAAAACUAAAUGGUCAACACUAUCAGUAUUUGCAUCUGGUUUGCAGAAAUGUAAUGUAUUGGCUCUCAAUGUGUGGAAACAAAAGUCAGACAUCACAGAAAACGUGUUGAACAAUAACGAAGACUUCCUCCACUCGAUGUCAGUAUUGCACCCCGAGGUGGAGGAGUUCUUGCGACACCUUGUGGGAGGAAGUAACGUUCACACUGAUUCAAACGACGCUGUCGAGAUAUUCACUCAGAUGGUGAAUAAAUGUUGUGUGAAACAUUCAUUGGUGUUGCCACCUGCAUUUACAAGCGAUCACUAUGUACAGAAGAUUGGUCGAUUAUUAUUGGCGUGUUUGUUGAAACACCAUGACUUAGCUGAUGCCGCGUUAACCUCCGCUCAACAUGGAGUGAAACUACCAAGGAAUAUUAUCAACUUGUUAAGGGUGGUGCAUUCGUUUAAACAUAAGAUCAUAUUCGAUCACCAACAAACUAAAAGAUCAUACAAGGAGAUCUGUUCAUCAAUUAAACAUCGUUUAAGAUUUCUAUUGUUCGAACUGUCCCCCGCCAACCCCAACCCAUUGUUACUCAAGCAUGAAGCGAAAAUCAUUGAACCACGAAACCGAUGGCGACAAGCUCUCCACAAGGUGUCCUCGUUGAGGAUGGAGCAAACAUCGCCAUCGAGUGGUCAAAAAUCGGAUAAAAAUGUGGAAAACGAUGACAUCACAAACCCGGAGGUUGCUAUAGGCAAUGAGGAUGACUCGGCAAAAAUUGCAGCCGAGGUUUUGGAAGAAUGCAUCGUCACAAUCGAAGAGCGAUUGUUGGAUAACAAUGAAACAAACAAUGUCGUUUCUUUCAACCUUUCAACAAUGCUACAACAGCAACAAGAAGAUGAACCUGCUAUGAUGAAACAGAAGAAACUGUCACAGUCGUGGUCCAACUUGGCUGACAUUAUUCUCUCUCCCGAUAAAAGGGGAGUUUUAAAACACAGAAUCAACGGAACGCAAAAUAUUUCGAAAUCAAUUUCAAGUGAGAUUGAAGAGUUUGCUCUCACAGAAGCCAUAGAUUUUGCGAAACUUGAUGAUAUCCGUGUCACUUUGGCAACAUGGACCAAUGAUGCGUGUCGGAGUUAUAAAGGCUGUUUGGAGGCUAUGGAUCUGCUGCAUAGAGACUACCUCUUACCCUCAGUGACGCACAUGCUGAUGUACGGUUGGAUCAGUAGUAGUAGAUUGGCUCGUUUGGAUGAUAAGUCACCCAAACCACCUGAUGGUAACAAGGGCAGCUCCAAUGACACGACCACCCCAACACCAGUGUUUGGGAUCAUGGGGAAACUACUGCUGAAAGUUCGUGACCUCAAACUUACAGAAUGGAUAAUGGAUUAUUCACGCAAGACAAUCGGCAAUUGUUGCGUAACAGGAACAAUUGAUUUUAAAUGGGAUUGCUUUGAUAAUGAGGAGUUGUUUAAAAACAGCAGAUUCGUGUUAAUGUUGGUUGGCAUGCUCACCGUACAAUCUCACAAUCCAUUAGAAGUUGAAAGGAUUGCUGCUUCUGGUUUCUACUUCAUCAUCAACAACCUUAUGCGAGCUGUGCAGACGCGCUCGUUUAAUACCAACGCCAUUCGUGAUGAGGUGAAAAUAAAGAACACGUUCCCCAUAAUUGAUAUCAAUACAAACAAAUCAACAACCAAGAAGUCAUUGCCACCAUAUGGUCCUGAGCUUGCCUCCAUGAUGACAAUAAACACGAAAGUGAUUCGAGGUCGAGAUUGGAAGUGGAGGAACCAAGAUGGAGGGAUGGAGGGGAUCGUUAUCGGGGAGGUUGAAGAAGAUGGUUGGGUGAGGGUACGAUGGAACUCCGGGGCCACUAACUCUUACAGGAUGGGUAAGGAGGGAAAGUACGACCUCCAACUUGCAAAACCUCCUGAAGAUAAUGAUGAGACAAGUGAGAGCAUUGAGGAGCGAAUAAUAACGGAGGAGGAACAUUUUGAUCCAACCGAUCUACUCCAAGAUGAGGAAGAAGAGUCUGUUCCUCUUCAUCUGAUAAAGUGGAUGUGCGGGAAUCUUAUCAAGAUGGGUUGUUUAUGCGUUGGUAGCCAUGGCGAUACCAUGUGUCAAUCAUCCGUGGAAACCAUGGCAACCAUAUUAAGAGGGUUGGUUGCCGAUAAUAUGGAUGAUGUCACUUUGGAAGGAGUGUUUUGUCAUCUCAAGUUUUAUAAGCAGUUGCCUGUAAACAUGGUUGCACAACACUCAUGGCCAACUUUAGGCUUUGUAAGAUCUAUUGCAACACCAAUAAGUGUGAAGAAAUCUCUCAUUUCGACAGAAUGGAUUGACCUUUGUUUAAGUUGUACCAUUGGGACCAGCAUUUGUGAUGUCAUAAGCUCACGUAUGACUCAUCAAAUACAAGCGAUUCGUCUUCUUAAAUAUGCUGUGUCAUCAUUAGUGGACAUUCCUAUACCCACAAUGCAAAAUAUAUUCGAUGAAAUAAUUGACAUUCUUACUAAGGUUGUGUGUGUUGGUAUACACCAUGCAGAACCACCAGAGCCGGUGGUUUCAUUCUUGCCGGGGAUUUCCCUUUCAUCGAACCACUGCCACACGGUGGCAGCAGAGUUAAUAGACAUGAUCAGGUUCCUGUAUGAAAAACCUGGUUGGUGUGACAUCAUAAACAAGUUCAUUGUGACAUCACUACAGUUGAUUCCUGAUAUUCUAGAAGAGAGAAGUUGUGAUUUUGAAAAAGACGUGCGACAACCCUACACUGCCCUACACAUCAUCACUGGUGUGCAGAACCGUAUCAGAGUAGGAGGGAUGGUUAACCACCUCAUGCAUGGGCAUGGGUGUGUUAUAGAAGUAACAGAGGAUGGAGCAAUACAUGUUAUAUUUGGCACCGAUGUAUUUGAAUGCUGCCAUAAAUCGCUUAAGCCAAUCAGAUCGUCCCAAUUCAAUUCCGCUCUCCUUGAUUGGUCGGAUGAUUUGGUCACAUGUUGUCACCGUAUGGUUGGCAUGGUCAUCAAGUCAAGCUCGACGUCGAGCAUGGGGAAUCCACAUGGUGGGGCUAGAACCAAAACUGGAGGUUACUGGGAAUAUACAAAGCAAUUGAACCCGAAUUACAUCACAAUGAACCGACUUCACCUUCGUAUUAUGAUGUCACUUCCUUUCAUACUUUCCGACCAAUCACGACUCAGGCAGGUGAUGCGCCAUCGUGUGGCUGUCACCAUGGUUACGAAUGACAUCAUCACCCCAUCGACGGGAGCAGGAACAUCCAGGGAUGCGGAGGAAGAUGGGGACGAGGAGGAUCUUCCUGCACAAGAUGUAAGGUUUCUCAUCCACGAGUUGCUAGACACUGCAGUGUUGCCGUCUCCAUUGAAACCUUUCUUUGGUGAGGAUGAGAUUGCAUUGGCUGCGGCAUUACUGGUGGAAAUACUUGGCAGCACUGAAAGGGAUUUACAUAUCAAGGAGAUUACGGCUUUAUUCAAGAAUUCUUUGUUUAAAAAUCCUCAAAAACCAAAACUAAUUAUGAUGGACAAACCUUCGAACGAAGCUAGCUCUCUAACUCCCUCUAGUGUAGCUGUGUCAUCACAAGCAGGCCGGCGAUCACGACGCAGAAGACGACUUAACCGUGACGCGCGCAUGGCCUUUCCCUUUCUGACACAAAGUGCACGAAACGCACGUAAUGACCAGGGAAGGCUGAUCACACGAAACUCAAGAUACCGGAGAACAAUCAGACUCGCAAUGGAAGAAACUGAAGAACCUGGGUUAACUUUGGGAUUCCCCCAAUCACCCCCAUCUGCGACCCCCGCUGACCCCAUGAUUGAGCCUAUACAAUUAGAGCAACUUAAGGAGAUGGGGUUCUCACAAUCCCAUAUAAAGGAUGCUUACUCUGCAUUGCAACUCACCACUCCUUGGAGGGCUGUUCAGUUAGAGAAUGUGAUUGGUUGGUUGUUGGAGCAUGCACCAAUCAGUGAAGAGGAAGGGAUUGCCACCAAUGGCAGUAGUGAGCCUUCUUUGCCGAUAUUCCCUAAAAUUAAACGUGAUGAGGUCCCAGCGUCCCUGUGUUCAUCCUCACUUUCAUCGGACACCGAAUCCUUCACUGAAGGUCCUUCAGGCUUCGAUGGUUCCAGUGGAUCGGAUGAAUCACUCAGCCUUGCUAGUUGUCCACCACCCCAUACUAUAGAUGGUGAACCUGAACCACAAGUCACUAUGUAUAAGAAACCACAUGAUUUCAACGAUAAUGAUGAUUAUGCACGCUAUGUGAGGGAUAAUAUCACUAUAGGAAUGAUGGUAUGUUGUUGUCGUACAUACGAGGAGGUGGAGGAAGGUGAUAUUGGGCAAGUAUUAAGAUUGGAUAAAGAUGGAAUACAAGACCUUAAUGUACAAGCAUCAUGGAUUAAUAAAGGGGGAACAUAUUGGGUCCGUUACAUCCAUGUUGAACUGAUAGCGAGCCCAUCAGAUGGUGCGUUACCUUCCACAAGCCAAACGAGGACCAUUAAAGUUGGAGACAAGGUUGGUGAUGUUGCAUCAUGAAUGUAACUUAUUUAUUCUCGCAUGGCGGGGCAUUGGC